AUGCCUCGAGUCGCCCAAGGGCCCCGGAGGAGCAUGAGCAGAGUUCCCUCUGGCUCUAUUCUCGCGUCACCAUUUAAAUCGCCUGUCAAAAUCCCACUCAACGACGAUGCCCACGAGAAAGCGCAACGAUCCCACGGCCGCAAAGCCGCCCACGAAGCCCAAAUCAACCAACUCCGGGCCGCCGCGACCAGCACACCCCGCAAAUCAAGCAGCUCAUUCAACAACCUCCAAGAUGCCGAACCCCCCUCGUCCAGCCCGCGCACGCCCGCGCGCCGCCGAAAAAGCGGCAACCACACGAUUAUCCUCGACGACGAAGAGCAGCUGGUCGUUGGCGGGAAGGCCGUGACGCCUAUGAAGCGUGUGCCCAUCCUCGCCAACUUUGAGGAGUGGAUGAAGAUGGCGACCGACAACAAGAUCAAUGCGGCCAACUCGUGGAAUUUUGCGCUUAUCGACUACUUCCACGACAUGUCGCUGCUCAAGGAGGGCGACGGCGUCAACUUUCAAAAGGCCAGCUGCACUCUUGAUGGGUGUGUCAAGAUCUACACGAGCCGUGUCGACAGUGUGGCUACUGAGACCGGGAAGCUGCUGAGCGGUUUGGCCGAUAGCCGUGAUAACAAGCGGAAAGGUCGCGAUGGUGAUGAGGGAGAAGAAGAGGAAGAAGAGGACGAAGUGGACGAGGACGGCAAUGUUAGGAAGAAGCCGAAGAAGAAGACCCAAAGAUCCUCCGAAGCAACACUAGCGCCAUCCUUUGCGUCGCUGCAACUCAAGAAACUCGAACUGGAGUUCGCCGUCGACCCGUUGUUCAAAAAGGCGUCUGCCGACUUUGACGAGGGAGGCGCAAAGGGACUUCUCCUGAACCACCUCAUGAUCGACUCGCAGGGCAGGAUCGUGUUCGACAGCAGUGACGACGCCGAGGAUGCCGCUGAGGGAGGCUCCAAGUCCCGCAAGCGAGGCGACGAUGAGGAGGAUUUAGACGUUGAGGAUGCUGAGGGUGACCUAUCCAUGGCCGACCGGGAGCCGACUCCCACCCCGCCCGAGUUGGAAGAGGAAGACGUUGAGAUUGACGUUGCUGGGCUCGGCGCGCGGUUCUUCCCCGAUAUGGGCAUUUUGGACAGCAUGGAUGUUUGCCCGUCACUAAAAACGUUCGAUCUCGGCGACCCCUCUGGUUCUUUGGACAUACCAUUCCUAAAGACCCCCGACGACUACCAAGACAAGGAGCGGACACCCGGGCCCGGUGGAAUAGGUGACAAAUCGGGCAUGUUCAUUGACGAGGAAAAUCCACUUGGUUUCGACGACGAAGACGGUCUUGGGACCUUUGACAUGGGCGCAGAUGUGGACUUUGGCGAGGGCGGAGAGGCGUGGGCGAAGGAAGCCGCGCUCGAGCCCCAAAUGAUGCGCGAGGACGGAGCCAACCUAUCUGGGAACGGCGACUUUGCCAUCUCCAUGACGCACGCCCAAAAGGCUGACCGGAUGCACGAGGACAUCCUCAGCUACUUCGACCAAGCCCUACAAAAGAACUGGAGCAGCGCAGAGCACUGGAGGAUACGAAAGAUCAAGGACGUCAACAAGCCCACGGAGCCUACGAGGCAGCGCAAGGAGAAGCAGCCCUUCGAGAUCGACUUUGCCAGCCCCCUCGACCCGACCGUGGCGGACUUGAUUUACACCCAAGCCUCCUCCAACACGGCCAUUUCCUUGCCCAAAAAGGACUGGAAGUCCAAGUCGCGUAACCUUCUUCCGGACGACAAGCAUUUCAGCUCCAAGCAACUUCUCACUCUUUUCCUCAAGCCUAAGGCACGUAUGGGCCGACGGCGCGUUCUGGGUAGCGGCAGCCGCAUCGGCAACAUCGACUCCCAGCGCCAACAAAACGACAUCCCCGAGGGCGAGAUGGACGAAGCGUUCUGGGCGUCGCAAAAGGCGCCGCUCCAAUCCACCGAGAACGGCCCGGGCGUCGACGACGACGGGAUGCCCCAGGGUGAUUACGACGCCAACUUCUUCCUCGACGACGGCCUACCGUUUGCGGGUGGAGGUGGACUGGGUGACGACGAUGACGACGACAUGGACGAGUUUGCCGACGCGCGAGAUCACUUUUCGCCCGAAGCAGGCGGGCCGGGCGGGCCUCUGGGCGGUCCCGGUGGUGCUGGCAUGAUGACCGAUGUCGGCAUGACGGGCGCGUUCGGGGGGUUGACGGUGACGAACCCGGCUGAUCUGGCGUUUGGUACCAUGCUGGUGACACAAAACCGGAGGGUGCGGCCUGAGUAUGUGCAGUAUGCUCGCGUGGCGAAGAAGGUAGACGUGAGGAGGUUAAAGGAGAAUAUCUGGAAGGGAAUGGGAUUGGAGCUACUGGAGAACCAAACCAACCCCGCCAACACAACAGCCAUCAACGAAACCAGUCGGCUGAUGACCCCAACCUCCCCCGAGAAACCCCUCACGACGACGGGAGCCGACGGCAGCGGCAAGGGAGACUCGGCCGAUCCCACGUUGAAAUUCACGUCCGUCGUCAACGACCUGCAGCGGGUCUACCCGAAGCAGGCUAUGGACGACAUCUCGACCAGUUUCUGCUUUAUCUGUCUGCUGCAUUUGGCCAAUGAGAAGGGGCUCGUGAUUUCUAAGACGGAAGGGUUGGAGGAAUUGCUGAUCCAGAAAGAUUGGGACGCGGAACCGGUCGAGGGGGAGUAG